AUGAUGACAAUAAUAUGCAAAGAAGAGUUGCGGAGAAACAGAGAGAGAGGUGGAGAGCAAGGAGACACGAAUUCCAACACAAAAGGAUUUGUGUCUCCAAUUACCACAUUAAAAGAGGGAUUUAAAGGCCCUAGGAGCCAAAAUAUGGAAUUUGAGAGUAAUAGUACAAAUUGGGAUGGGGUAUACUACUACCCACAUCUAUUUGGUGGCAUUAUGUUAACAGCUGCAUUGCUUGGUUUGUCAACAAGUUAUUUUGGUGGCAUGAUGGGGUUUCCUACUUUGCCUUAUAUGCUACCUUACUUGAGAAACCUUCAAAAGAAAAAAGGAGGAAAGAAACGGAUUAGGGUUUACAUGGAUGGUUGUUUUGAUCUUAUGCAUUAUGGACAUGCUAAUGCUUUAAGACAAGCUAAAGCUUUGGGUGAUGAAUUGGUGGUUGGACUUGUAAGUGAUGAGGAAAUCAUCAAGAACAAGGGCCCACCCGUUUUAUCUAUGGAAGAGAGGUUGGCUCUUGUUAGUGGAUUGAAAUGGGUGGAUGAAGUGAUUUCUAAUGCACCAUAUGAAAUUACCGAAGAGUUUAUGAAUCGACUUUUUAAUGAGCAUAAGAUUGAUUACAUCAUACAUGGUGAUGAUCCUUGCUUACUUCCUGAUGGAAGUGACGCAUAUGCCCUUGCAAAAAAAGUUGGUAGAUACAAGCAGAUAAAACGUACGGAGGGCGUUUCUAGUACAGAUAUUGUAGGAAGAAUAUUGGCUUCUAUAGAGGAGAAGAAAAGGAACUCAAGUUUCUAA